AUGACCGUCAUUACUUAUUUAAGACUGCUCCAUCAGGAGUCUUCCACACCGCCCAGAAUGCUUCGCCUCCUUUGGGACAGAGGCGCGGCAUUCUUGCUCUAUGCCCUGGCCUGCUACGUGUCCGUACGCCCUGUCGCCCCCCAGGGACACUUCCCCCGGCUGGAGAACAUCGGCGCCCACAAACCCGUCAGCGUUGCCCCGGCUUCGGCCACGUGUGGCGUCCCGGAAAGGAGCGCCUUCUGCCAGCCCAGCGCCGUGCCCGCGGGCCUCCUCACCUGCACCCAGCAGUUCUGCGUCCAGGGAUGCCCGCGUCGGACGUCGUCCCCCCAUCCCGUUGACCUCCUGAGCGACAGCCUCGGGGCAUGCCUGACAGCGGACGGGCGGGACAUGCCCCCCCAGGCAAACGCCCCCUCGCUCAGCUUCAUCUUCCGAAACCAGAGCAAGUGCUUUGCGUCCCCUCCCGCUCCGGACCUGGGUCCAGCGAGCUCCUUUACUCUGACAGCGUGGCUGAAACCGGAGGAGGCCGCGGUAAUGACUCUGAUAGAGAAGAGAGCCGAAGGAAGCCUGGUGUUCCUGCUGACCGUAUCAGAGGAGGAGCUCCAGUUCCACUAUAGCCUCCAGUCUGGAGAAACUGUCUCCCUGACCAGCAGCAUCUCUGGCAGAAUCAGUCCUGGGCAGUGGACACACUUGGCCCUACAGGUGCACGAGACGAGGGUAAGCCUCUUUCUGAAUGGUCUGGAGGAAGACGGGACGCCUUUCGACACGCACUCCCUCGCCGGCCCCGUCGCUGACAUCACCGUGGACAGCACUGUGCGGAUUGGCCAGAGCUCUGACGGAUCCAAUCAAUUCAUCGGAAGGAUUCAGGAUUUUAGAUUCUAUCCAAAGACAUUAACAAACAGGGAGGUGCAAGAGGUGUUUUCGGGGCGUCUCCCCCAGCUCCACACCCAGCCCACGUGCCGUUGCCCCCCCAGCCACCCGAGAGUGCACCCCCUGCUGGAGAGGUACUGCAUUCCCAACGGCGCUGACGACACCACUAACAACCGCGUGCUCCGCCUGAGCCUGGACGCCCACCCGCUGCACUACAUCAACGACAACGACAUCGGCACAGCAUGGGUCUCCGCCGUGUUCCUUACCCCGCAGCGACUGAGUGAGGGCGUGACCCUCACCUUUGACCUGCAGAACGGACAAUAUCAGGUGUUCUAUGUGAUCCUGCAGUUUGUGAGUGCCCAGCCCACGGCGGUGAGGAUCCAGAGAAGGAGCAGUGGCAGCUCGGAGUGGAGAGACUGGCAGUACCUGGCCCAGGACUGCAGCCUGUUUGGGAUGGAGAACAAUGGGCCCCUGGAGCUGCCAGAUUCUGUCAACUGCCUGCAGUUUCCCAGUAAUGUUCCUUCCUCCCACGGCAACGUCACCCUGAGCAUGCUCACUCCGGAGCCUAACCUCCGUCCUGGUUACAACGACUUCUAUAACACCCCAACCCUGCAGGAGUUUGUCAGGGCCACGCAGGUGAGGGUUCACCUGCAGGGCCAGUACCACACCGUGCAGCCUGGAGUGCCCUUCCGACACCGCUACUACGCCCUGGCUGAGGUCACCAUCAGCGGCAGGUGUGAGUGUCAUGGCCACGCCAGCAGGUGUGACACCAGCGUGAAUCCGUACCGCUGCGCCUGUGUUCCGGAGAGCCACACGCACGGAGACAACUGUGAACGCUGCGCUCCCCUUUUCAACGACAAACCGUUUCGGCCGGGCAACCAGGUGCAAGCCUACAACUGCCGCCUGUGCCAGUGUCACGGCCACGCCUCCUCCUGCCAUUAUGACGUCACCGUCGACCCCGCCCCGGACGAGCAUUUCCGUGGAGGAGGCGGAGUCUGCGACGACUGUAAACACAACACCACAGGACGAAACUGCGAACGCUGUAAGAGUCUGUUCUACAGAGAGGCGGAGUCAGUGCCGUGGGCGGAGGACGUGUGUAAACCAUGUGACUGCUUCGCCGCUGGCACUGUCAACAGCAGUUUGGAGUGUGAGGAGAUCGGGGGACAGUGUAAGUGCAAGCGACAUGUGUCUGGCAGGCGGUGCAAUCAGUGCCAACACGGAUUCUACAAGCUGCACUCCUCUCUGGCCGGCGGCUGCCAGCCCUGCGGCUGUAAUACCGCCGGGACACUGCGGGCACAUAUUACCUGUCACCAAGCUUCAGGUCAAUGCCAGUGCAAAGCUCACGUAAUCGGCCGAACCUGUGACCGCUGUGAUUUUGGCUUCAAGUUCCUGAACCACAGUAAUCCUGACGGGUGUGUGUCGUGCGACUGCGACAGCCGCGGCUCGGUGAACCGGUUCUGUGACCCGUUACUGGGCCAGUGUGAGUGUAAAGAGCACGUGCGAGGGUUGCGGUGCGACACGUGCGCUCCGGGGUUUUAUGGGCUGAGCGCCGGCGGAUCCUGCCAGGCUUGUGACUGCGACGCGGCCGGGACCGUCCCGGGCACCGUCUGCGACCCGCUGACGGGGCAGUGCCAGUGCAAACCCAACGCGGAGGGUCGACGGUGCAGCUCCUGCAGGGACGGGUACCACAGCCUGGACAGAACCAACUCUCUGGGCUGCCUGGCCUGCCAGUGUGAGCCCGCCGGAACCACGGAUGGAUCUAACAUCUGUAACAAAACCACGGGACAGUGUGUUUGUGAGAGGGGUGUGGAGGGACCACGGUGUGAACGCUGUUCGCCACACUCCUACAAUCGGACCUCUGCCGACGGGUCGUUUGAAUGUGCAGCCUGUGGCUGUGAUCCACUCGGUACCGUACCAGGUUCCGUGUGUGACCCAGAUGACGGACAGUGUGUGUGUCUGACCAGGCGGCAUGGACAAAACUGCAGCACCUGCCGAAUAGGGUUCUUCCUGUCUGAUCGGGGUACGAGCGGAUGUGAGGCAUGUGACUGCCACCCCGUUGGAGCUGUGAACCAGGCUUGUGAUCCGGACACGGGACAGUGCGGGUGCGGUCACCCGUCGCUCGCCGGACGCAGGUGUGACCAGUGCCGGCCGCUCCAUUACGGUUUUAAUCCAGGCAUGGGCAGGUGUGAGGAGUGCGGGUGUGACGCUGCGGGCAGUGUGAAUGUGUCGUGUCAUCCUGAGACCGGUCAGUGUGUGUGCAAAGCUUUUGUAACUGGGGAGAAAUGUGACACCUGUGUCCAAGGAGCCAGUCACAUGGAUCCAGACAACUACCUGGGAUGCAGCAAAGCACCGUCCCAGCAGCCCCCCCCUCUCGGCCAGGCCCUGGGCUCCAGUGCCAUCCAGCUCACCUGGAGCCCCCCCGACUCCCCCAACAGCCACUUACUCAUGUACACCCUCCACCGAGACUUCAGCAACAUCCACUCUGUGCAGAGUCACUACCCCUUUGAAGCGAUGGCGUUCACCGAUGACGGUCUCUCGCCGUAUACGGUUUACUCAUACAGACUGGUCACCAGUAACAUCCACGGCAACACCAGCAGCACACCAGUCCGGAUCCGCACUCUGGCCGCCGUACCCGACACGGAAGAGCUCCAGCUGAACCUGUUGGGCCGAGCCGGACCGGACCACGCGCGCUUCAACUGGAGCGAGCCCGUGAACACAUCCGGGCCGGUGGAGAGAUACACGCUCGUCUCGGUGGACGAGCGGAGCGGAGAGGAACGGCUUCACUACACGGGGCUGCGGACGGAGGCCACGGCCGGAGGCCUACAGCCCUUCACCCGCUACAGCUUCACCUUACAGGCCUGCACCAAUGGAGGCUGCGCCCAAUCAGACGGCGUCACCGUGGUCACCGCUCAGAUCCCUCCGCGGGACCAGCCGCCUCCCACAAUCUCCACCCUCGGCCCAAACCAGCUCCACCUGCAGUGGGCCCCGCCGACCAGACCUAACGGUAUAAUUAUCAGGUAUGAGGUCUUCAUGCGGGGGCCCAGUGAGUCAUUGAGAAAGCUCUCCAAUCACAGCUUUGAGCGCAGAGUGUUCCUCAGCAGUGGUUGGCUUGAUCUCACAUCAGUCUUGGACUCAGCCAAUAAGAACGCUCUGACUCCCCCUGAAAACAGCACCGUGGUGAUGGAUCUGGAGCCCUUCUCUUCCUACAGCUUCAGAGUGCUCACCUUCAACAUGGCGGGCAGCACAGUGUCAGAGUGGGCCACCGGACGGACAGCCGAGGGAGUACCUGAAUACAUGCCCCCGCCCCAGGUCUCCGCCCUGUCCUCGUCCUCUCUCAGGGUGACCUGGACAAAACCCCGGGACACAGACGCCAGGGGAGAGGUCACCCAGUACAAAGUCAACAUUCACCAGGAGCAAGCAUCCAACCCAUACGCACCUCCAGUAACCACCCAGGUGCUGUUCUCUGGCCCACCAGAGGAGCAAAGCUACACCGCCCGCGGACUGAAACCGUACCAGAACUACAACUUCAGCGUGACGCUGUGUAACAGACAGGGCUGCGUCACCAGCCUGCCCUCGUCAGGACGGACCCUCCCCGCAGCUCCAGCAGGUUUGAGGGCUCCUACAUUGUUGCCAGUGAACAUGACGGCCAUCGCAGUGUCCUGGCCCCCCCCAGAGGCGCUGAAUGGACCCCCACCUCUGUAUCACGUGGAGAGGACGGACGUAUCUCUCUCCGACGGCACCGACCGUGUUGUACGGGGGACGCGCUUCACUGGAGUCGGUUACUUUAGGUUUCCCAGCUCCGCGCUUCCAACUGACUCUGACUUUACAGGCCUGGAGCUGAGUUUUCGGACCCGGGCGGAGCAGGGGCUGAUCCUGUGCGCUCUGUCGCCUGGCGACCAGACAGAGUACGUGGCUGUGCAGAUUCGUGAGGGCCGGCCUUUCUUCCUCUUCGACCCACAGGGGUCGGCCGUGGCUGUGAGCCCUGAGAACGAUGGGGGGAGGCGUUAUAACGAUGACCAGUGGCAUCAUGUGAUCGCCAGCAGGAAACAGGCCGUGGGAACAAUCAUUGUGGACAGUCAAUACAGAGGUUCAGCGUCGGCUACGAGUGGCAGCGUUAUUAUCGGCCAGAACACAGGGCUCUUUGUUGGAGGCCUUCCCGAAAACUUCACUGUCCUCAGGAGAGACACAGGCCAUGCCAGGCUGGUGCGACAGGGUUUCUCCGGUUGCCUCAGAGACGUGUUGGUGAUGAAGGCGGAUGGUCCAGAGGAGGUGUGGCGGCCCCUGGACUGGGACACGGCUGUGGACAGAGAGGAGGUGUACGAGAGCUGGGAGGGCUGUCCGCUACACUCCCAAAACGGCGCGCACUUCCUCGGACAAGGGUUCCUGAAGCUCAAGGCAGAUGUCUUCUCAGGAGGGGAGGAGUUUGAAAUAUCUUUUGACUUCAGAACUGACCAGCUGAACGCUCUGCUGUUGUUUGGAUACGAUACAGACGGAGACGACUUCCUUUUGGCAGAGCUGCAGGAGGGCAUCCUCUCCUGGACGUUGCGUUGGCGUGGUCACACGUCUCAGGUGAGUCAGUGGAUCGGCCUGUCUUACUGCGACGGCAGCUGGAACUCACUGUCGCUGCUCAAGAGAGGAGCCCUAAUCAGUACGACCCUAAACGAGGUUUCGGAACACGAACGCGCCAGCAGGGGGGGCAGUCUUAAGGUCAGCUCCCCUCUUUACCUGGGGGGUGUCCCAACCAAUCUGCACCACCCAGGCCUUCAGAUGCACAGUCUCCAGCAUGGUUUCGGCGGCUGUGUUAAAGACGUGCGUCUGCGGCGUGGUCCUGUCGUGAGCUUGGCGGCCGUAGCUAGCAGCGCUGUCAGAGUUAAUCUGGAUGGAUGCUUGUCAGCUGCCAGUGGUGUUAACUGCAGGGGAAAUGACUCCAUUCUGGUGUACGCAGGGAGAGAGAGGAUCACCGUCGACCUAACGCUGCAACCUUUCACUGAAUACCUGUACAGAGUCCUGGCCAUCGGAGAGGGGGGGUGGACGGCCGGGCCCUGGCAACGUGGAAGGAGCCGGGAAACAGUUCCUCAAAGUGUGCUGGCUCCCUCCAGAGCGGUGUCAGUAAACGGUUGGAGCGUGGAGGUGGGCUGGGAGGAGGCAGUCGGGGUCAGGGGAGUAAUUGAGAAGUACAUUGUGCGAGCGUACGACCGGGACAAUCCCUCCUCGUCCCCAAUCAGCGCCACGUUCACGCACACGCAGCACCUGACAGGUGUUUUAAGUGGCCUGGCUGCGUUCAGUCGCUACGGCGUCACGGUAACGGCGUGCACUCAGGCGGGCUGUGUGGAGAGCCCCAGUCGGAGUAUGAGCACUCCACAAGAGGCUCCAGAGGAAGUGACCCCCCCGCAGGCUGUCUCGUACCCCACCUCUCUCUCUCUUCACUGGGGUCCCCCUCACAGACCCAAUGGCAUCAUCACCGAGUACCGACUCUACAAAGACCACUCCAUCAUCUACCAAGGCAACGGCACGGAGCUCAACGUCACGGGUCUUGCCGUGUACAGCCCACACAGGUUGGUUCUGACAGCCUGUACGAUAGCAGGAUGUUCCAACAGCUCUCAGGUCACCGUGUUCACAGGACAGCUGCCCCCCUCUCACAUGCCCCCCCCCGUCCUCACCGUGCUCGACUCCCGCAGUGUUUACGUCCAAUGGGCCAAACCGCUGGAGGUGAACGGGCUUUUGGAGUUCUACAUGCUUUACCAGUCCGUCCCAGGCCAGUCGGAACCCGCCGUCGUCUAUAACAGCUCAGAGCUGUUUGAGGACCACACCCUGCGUAACCUGGUCCCCGGGACGACGUACCUGUUUCAGAUCGCAGCGUGUUCGGGGGGCGGCUGCACCCUCAGCGGCCCCAGCGUCGCCCACACGGACGAGAGCACCCCGGAGGAAGUCCCGCCUCCUGACAUCCUUCCGCUCUCUCCGCACGCCUUCAACGUGUCCUGGUCUCCCCCGCUGAAACCGAACGGCGUUAUCAUAAGUUACGGCGUGUGGAUGAAUGGCGUCCUCGUCCAGAACUCUUCCUCCCUGCAUUACGAGGUCGGCGGCCUGUCGCCAUGGAGUCUCCACGGUUUCCGCGUGCAGGCAUGCACCGCUGAGGGCUGUGCCCGGGGGCCUCUGGUGGAGGCUCGGACAUUGGAGGCAGCUCCGCUGGGUGUUGUUGACCUGGAGGUCCAAACAGAAGGGCCUCGUUCGGUGUCGGCCCGGUGGCAAGCUCCGGCCAAACCCAACGGCAACCUGACGUACAGCGUUCUCUUCACUGAGACGUUCAACUACAGCUCAGUGGACAGCGUAGGGGGAGAACAGAGGGAGCUGUACCGCGGCAGCGUUGCAGGUGAGUGGGUGAGCGUGUCUGGUCUGCUCCCUUACACCGACUACAGCGUGACCGUACAGGCCUGUAACAGCCAGGGGUGUGUGGACAGCGCUCCUGUUACAGUCACACUACCUCCAGCAGCUCCAGAUGGCGUGAUGCCCCCCAGGCUGGCAGCUGCCACCCCGACCGUUCUCCAGGUCACCUGGUCAACACCAGAACGCCCCAACGCUCCUGGACCACUGCGCUACCGCCUCCAGAUGAGGACUACAGCCGACCAGCAGAUUCAAGAGCUCGUGGACAGUGAGAGUACAUCAUUUAGCCACACAGUGGAGGGUCUUCGGCCGUACACAGAAUACCUGUUCAGACUGAUAGUCUCACACGCACACGGAGAGAGCAGCAGCACCUGGACUCACCUGUUCACUGCAGAGGACCGUCCAGGAUCCAUAGACCCGCCCUUUGUGUCAAGUGUCCGGCCCCGAAGUGCCACCCUGUCCUGGAUGCCCCCCUCUGAGCCCAAUGGCAUCAUUACCCACUAUAACAUUUACCAGGACGGCCAGCUGACCGCAGAAGUGCCCGGGAACACCACGACCUACACCGCCGACAUGCUGCAACCUUUUCACAACUACACCCUUCAGCUCGAAGCGUGCACGGAGGCGGGCUGUACCCUGUCUGACCAAUCACACAACCUUCAGACCCCACCUGCCCCUCCAGAGGGCGUGGCCGCCCCACUGCUCUUCUCGGACACACCCACCUCCGUGCUGCUGACCUGGGAGGCGCCGGCACGUGCCAACGGUCGCCUGGACACCUACAGGCUGGAGAGGAGAGUCACAGGUACACAGCAGGUGUCGACCGUGGCCACUUUAUCGGCCGACCGACCCCGCACUUACCUGGACACCUCAGCCUCUCUCAGCCCCUGGACCAGCUACGAGUACCGCCUGGUGGCCACCACGCUCAACGGAGGCUCUAACAGCAGUAAGUGGGCCAGGGUGACGACCAAACCCUCCAGGCCAGCCGGCCUCCUGCCACCCCAGGCUCAAGUGCUGGGACCAGACACCGUGCAGGUCACAUGGACACCUCCACUAAUAGCCAACGGAGAGAUUGAGCACUAUGAGAUCCGGAUGCCAGAUCCCGUCAUAUCCCUCACCAAUGCGUCUGUGCUGAAUUACACCGUCACCAGACUCAUGCCCUACACCAACUACAGCAUCACCGUCCUGGCCUGCACGGCAGGAGGAGGCCACGCCGGCGGCUGCACCGAAAGCUUACCCACAUAUGUGACUACACUACCCACAAUUCCACAGGGCCUGACUCCACUCUCUGUGGUAGCUGUCAGUGAGUCUUUUUUGGCUGUAUCUUGGCAACCGCCGACAAGGCCAAACGGGCCCCAUAUAAGAUACGAGCUGCUGAGACAGAAAACCCGUCAACCUCUGGCCUCCAGUCCCCCCGAAGAUUUGAAUCGGUGGCGCACUGUUUACGCAGGAACCAAAUUGUUUCAUGAAGAUAAAGGCCUUAGCAGGUUUACCUGGUACCAGUACAAGCUGCUGGUUUAUAACGACGUGGGCUACGUUUCCGGAGAAAUCUUCUCAGGCGUGACUCUGGCAGGACGGCCUCUUGCCUCCAGCAGCAUCUCCGCCCUGGCCCUCAACCACACCGCCAUCCAUGUGAACUGGUCCACGCCCAGCCUGCAGGACCUGCAGGGAGAGGUGGAGCUCUACACCCUCUGGUUCAACUCCACCCAGCAGAACCGGUCUCUGACCUUUCCCCCCGGGGUCAAUUCGGCGGUGAUCUCUGACCUCCGGCCCAGUACAGAGUACCACAUCUCCGUGAGCGUGUCCAACGGACCUCACAGCGUGCCCAGUGAGACGGUGAGCUGCAUCACGGCAGACGGAGAGCCUCAAGGUGUUUUCCCGCCAGAGGUCGUGACCCUGAACAGCAGUGCGGUGCGGGUGCUGUGGGCAGCCCCUCUGAUUGCGAACGGUGCGAUUACGCUGUAUUCUGUCUAUGUGGACGAGCGGCUGUACAGCACUGCCAGCAACACCACAGGCUCACUGGAGCUCACUGGACUCCUGCCCUUCACCGUCUAUGACAUACAGGUGGAGGUGUGUACGGUGUACUCCUGCGUCAGGAGCAACAGCACUCAGGUGACCACAGUGGAGGACACGCCCAGCGACUUAGCCCCACCCCACAUACAGGUCCUCAACUCAAGGUCUGUAAGGCUGGACUGGGCGUCUCCAGCUCUGCCCAACGGUAUCUUGCUGGGCUAUGAUGUCCGGCGCAGGACUCUGACCGCAUGCGCAGAGGUGCAGGCUGCGCAGGCAGCCCAUACAAGCAGACGCUGUGUGUACCUGGAGUGUCCCACUGAACAGGAUAUCUGUGGAAACUCCUGCUACCAGCCUGAGCACCAAGUGUGUUGUAAUGGGGCUGUUCAUAGCUGGAGAGAAUCCCAUCAGUGCUGUGGAGAGCAGUACGUGGCCAGUGGGAAUCUGUCUCUGAGUGUCUGCUGUGGAGGCAGCUUUGUCCUGCCCUUACCCCAUCACCAGUGCUGUGGAGGAUAUUACGUCCACGUGCCAGCAGGUGAGGUGUGCUGUCCAGAUCCACUUCAGCAUCGUGUGUCAGUGGGUCUGGGGGACAGGUGUUGUGGGGGGGCGCCCUUCUCCUCCUCGGGGGGGCAGCUGUGUUGCGGGGGGGUCCUGCACGACGGCUACGGCUCCCAGUGCUGUGGUGGGCGGCUGAUUGACAGCGACCUGGUGUGCUGCAGAGGCGAAGACAGUGGAACAGGAUACACACACACUCCAGGUAUGGCGUGCUGCGGGGACGACUACGCCAACUCCUCCACCACUCUGUGCUGCAGUGCCCCGGGUCUGAAGCCUAAAGUCCACCCCGUGGAGAACGUGGGCGUGGGUCUGAAGUGCUGCGGUGUUGAGCUGAUCUCCCAGGAGAAGGAGUGUUGUAACGGAGUGGGCUAUAACCCCGUCGGCUCCGUCUGCGCAGACAGGGCCUCGCCCGGAGUCCUCAUCCAGGAACACUGCCGUCCCAGUACCGUGUGUCCUGUGUCUGCUGUGUCCAGAGCCUUCUGCGGCACCUGCGAUUUCAACCCUGCUGAGUCCAUCUGCACUUGGGUGCCGGGCGAGUCCACGCCCACAUCUCCCCCCUCCACCCAAACUCCUACAUCCACACCACCUAUCACCACGCCCGGGGCGGCCGGCCCUCACCUUUGCCCUUCGUAUGAAGAACUCGUCUACAGUGGAGCUGCGAACAGAUACAGUUUCACAGACACGGCUUUGGAGCCUUUCACCAGCUAUGAGUACCAGGUGGGUGUCUGGAACAGUUUCGGCAGGACGUUCAGCCCUCCUGUUAGGGUCACGACCAGAGAGGACGUGCCAGGAGGGGUCACCGCCCCCCAGUGGAGUAGAGUCGGUCACCGUGAUGACAUCAUCCACCUGGAGUGGCACCCACCCUUAAAACCUAACGGAGUCAUCAGUCAGUACGUGGUACUGCGUGACGGACAGGAGCGUUACCGUGGCGAGGAGACCAGCUUCACCGACGCGGGCGGCAUUCAGCCUUUCCAGGAGUACGUGUACCGGCUGAGGGUUUGCAACGCAGCCGGCUGCGCAGACGGUCCGAAUGUAGUGGCCGUGACCGUCCAGGGAGUUCCGGAGAACGUGCCGGCGCCAGAGGUGAGUGCGCUGGGCCCACGUGCGCUGCGGCUACGCUGGACUGCACCGGGCAAACCCAACGGCAUCGUCAGAGAGUACCGCAUCAAUCAGAGCCAGGUCGGGCUGAUCCACACAGAACGGUCUGGAGCCAUGCAGCAUACAGUUACAGGUCUCCAGCCGCACACCAGCUACAGCUUUCAGCUCAGCGCCUGCACCGCGGCAGGAUGCGGAGCAAGCCAGACAUCUACGGGUCAGACGCUGCAGGACGCCCCGACUGGUGUGUGGGCCACUCCUCGUCAUGUCUUGGUAAACUGCUCUGCUGUGGAGAUCCACUGGAGUGAGCCCCUGCAUCCUAACGGCCUGCUGUCCCAGUACCGUCUGCUGCGGGACGGGACGCCCGUCUUUACCGGCGACUGGCGAAACACGAGCUACACGGACACGGGCCUGCAGGCCAACAGCAGGUAUGUGUACGAGCUGGAGGCCAGCACAGUGGGCGGAGUGGGACGCAGUGGCCGAUACGUGGUUCAGACCCCAGUCUCAUCCCCGGGAUGGAUCCCACCUCCACAGAACGUCAGCGUCACGGGACCACAGUCCGCCUUUGUCUCCUGGUCAGCCCCAGGUUUGUUCGAUAGCGCUUUGCCUCUGGAGUAUAACGUGUUGCUGAACGCGGGCAGUGAGGAGCCGUCGGUGUACCCCGCGGGGGGGAAUCAGUCGCUGCAUCUGGACUCUCUCUCUCCCUUCACUGUGUACCACGUACGCAUACAGGCCUGCCAGCCAGAUGGUUGUGGAGUGGGCCCAGGUGUCUUCAUUCAGACCUUAGAAGCUCCUCCUAAAGACAUAGACCCCCCCACGCUGACGGCAGCUGGAGCUACGGUCAUUGAAGUUCACUGGACCCCCCCACACAAAUCCAACGGCCUGAUCAAGACCUACUUCAUACACAGGCGACCAAUGGGAACGCUGGAGGAGCUUUUGGUGUUCCUGUGGUCACAUGGUCCCCUGGAGUUCAUUGACGCCUCUGACUCUCUGCGUCCCUUCACUAAGUAUGAGUAUCGUGUCACCGCCCUCAACAGCCAAGGCUCCACCUCCAGCUCCUGGGCCAAUACCCUGACAGAGGAGGCGGAGCCACAGGGCAUGGAUGCACCCAUGGUCCAGGCCACCAGUGCUUACUCUGUCCUGCUAAACUGGGGUCAGCCCAGUCUGCCCAAUGGAGUCAUCUCCCAGUACAGAGUGGUGUACCAGAAACUGUCCAGUGAUCCCACAGUCAACUCCACCACUGUCUCCGCCCUUACUGUGCCGGGCACUACUCUACGGGCCCAUGUGUUUGGGCUGGAGCCGUACACUGGGUACCACGUUCAGGUGGAGGCCGUGAACUCGGCCGGCCGUGUCUCCAGCCCCUGGUCCACGGUCCAAACCCUGCAGGCCUCCCCCAGCGGCCUGGCCAACUUCAGCGUGGAGAAGAGGGAACAGGGAAGAGCCCUGCUGCUGCACUGGUCUGAGCCUGCCUCCCCAAACGGCAUUAUCAAGGUUUAUAACAUCUACAGUGAGGACAAUCUGGAGUUCAGUGGCCUGUCACGGCAGUUCCUGUUCAGGCGUUUGGAGCCUUACACUGUGUACAAUCUGGUUCUGGAGGCUUGUACUUACGCGGGUUGCACCAGAACCUCUCCCCAGCCAGUCACCACCGACGAAGCCCCGCCCGCCUCUCUGCCCGCCCCCUUCGCUCUGCAGGUCACCGCCCACAGUGUGGAGCUGGCCUGGGUCCCUCCGGCCCAGCCCAACGGGAGGCUGCUGCAGUACCAGGUCAUGGGAGUGGGCCUGGAGGAGGGCAGGGCGCGGAGUGAUGAAGACCAAUCCGUCAGAGCCAAACUCCUCUUCACGCAGAACGACACACACACCAGCAGCUUCUCCCACAACAUCUCUGGCCUACAGCCCUGGAGCACCUACAGGUUCCGCGUGCGGGCUUUAAAUUCCGCCGGGCACGCCGACAGCCCUUGGCUGACCGUGCACACGAAACAAGCCUCUCCGAAAGGAUUGGCUGCCCCAGCUGUCACUCACAUAGAGGGCAGGCCUUAUGAGCUGUUUAUUUCCUGGACGCCUCCACUAGAGACCAACGGGGUGUUACUGACAUACAGGAUUCAGAGGGACAACGUUGGUUUCCACUUCAGUUUUGACCCGACCGUGCUCAACUACACCGACAGAGAUCUGGCCGCCUACACUUACUACAGCUACGCUGUUAUCGCCUGCACCGCGGCAGGCUGUGUCACAAGCCUGCCGACUCAAAUCAGGACUUUGGAGGCUCCCCCGGCCAAGGUGGAACUGCCCAGUGUGAUGAACAUCACCUCACAGUCUUUCAGCGUGUCCUGGGCCAUACCACCUAUCCAAAACGGGGAGAUCACGCGGUACGUCCUCCAGGUGAACAGUGAGGAAGUCUACCGUGGAAAGAGGCUGAGAGCUGAGGUCACUGGGCUUCAGCCUCACACACACUACCACCUGCUCCUCACGGCCUGCACCAACGGGGGCUGCACAGCCAGCCCUGCCACCAACGUGCAGACCAGCGAAGCGCCCCCUAUAGGUAUGUCUGCGCCAGUCCUUAAAGUCACAGGCUCAGAGUCGGUGGAGGUCACGUGGAAAGAGCCGGAACAAGCUAAUGGCGUCAUCACCAGCUACGAGCUACGGAGAGACGGACUGCUUGUCUACGUCGGCAUGGAUACCCGGUACCAGGACUUCACCUUGCUGCCUAGCGUGGAGUACAGCUACACCGUGACGGCCAAUAACAGCCGGGGCAGCGCCACCAGUCCCCCGGCCGUGGCCCGAACCCACCCUUCGGCGCCCUCUGGUGUUGCUCCGCCGCGACUGCAGCCCCUGGGCCCCGCUAGCCUGAUGGUACAGUGGGAUCCUCCGGCCCGAGCCAACGGUGUGAUAAUCAGCUACUCUCUGUACCAGCGUGACCCAGCAGAACCGAACCUCAGACGGCUCGUCUUCAGCCCACAGCACAGCGCCUUCCAGAGCCGCAAUCACUCACUGACCGGGUUAAAGCCACACCACAGAUAUGAGUUGAGAGUGGAGGCAUGCACGUUGCUGGGUUGUGCGGCCAGUGACUGGGCCUCGGUGCAGACCCUAGAGGCGCCCCCCGUUGGCCAGUCCGCAACACUGCUGGAGCUCCAGACCGAUGCGCGGGGCCUGCAGACCGUGUUCCUGUUGUCUUGGUCUCCUCCGUCCCAGCCCAACGGCAAACUCCUGCAUUACGAGGUGUACAGGAGGCAGGCCCAAAGCGCUGAGGGCGUCUCCGCGGUCACGUUACUCUACAGGAACACCUCCACCACCCACCGGGAUACCGACCUGCUCCCCUACACGCUCUACGAAUACCAGGUGUGGGCGGUAAACUCAGCGGGCCGAACCGGUAGCCCCUGGGCUCAGGGCAGAACGGGCCCGGCUCCGCCCGAGGGUGUCGGCCCGCCGAAGUUCCUGCGCGUCCAGGCUACGUCUGCCGUGGUGGACAUAAGCGCCCCUGCCAAGCCUAAUGGAAUCAUCAGCCUGUACCGAGUGUUUGCUGAGACCAAGGACACACACCUGCUGCUGUCAGAGGGAACUUCUCGCCAACAGACCCUUCACGGCCUGCGCCCCUUCACCCUCUACUCUGUGGGGGUGGAGGCGUGCACCUGUCUGAUGUGCUGUAGCCGGGGCCCCCUGAGUGAGCUCCACACCCAGGCCUCCUCCCCCACCCAGCAGCCUCCACCUCGCCCAGUCUCCAUCACCUCUCGCUCCGCUCUGUUGGAAUGGGACCAGCCGCUCUAUCCAAACGGCAUCAUCGAGAGCUGUGAGCUGCAGGUGCGGGGAUCCUGCCCCCGGCCGUGGCAGCCUGUGCCCAAGGCCUGUGGUCCGGGGUCAGUGGAGACCAGGUUCAUGGGCCAGGCUCGCAGCUUUAACCUCACUGGCCUGCUGCCUUACUCCAGCUACGACCUCCGGGUUCUCUCCUACAAUAACAUGGGCAGCACCGGGUCCGACUGGAUCACUAUCACCACACUGAAAGAGCCUCCACAGUACGUGAAGCCCUUUGUGGUUCAGAGUAACCUGACCACGGUCUUUCUGGACUGGACCGUGUCGUUCGCUCUGAACGGACCGCUGCGGGAGUUCGUGCUGACGGAGAGCGGGCUCCGCCUCUACAGCGGCUUCCACAGCUUCAUCUACAUCCCUCGCACGUCCGACAAGACCUUUGCCUUCCAGGUGACCUGUACCACGACCAGCGGUAGCGCCAGCUCUCCUAUCAUCAGAUACAACACAGCCACAGGUGUAGGUCCUGUGGAGCCUUCCUCUGGAGGGAAAACGGGUCUGUACGGCUCAGGGCACAAGUUUUACACAGAGCUGUGGUUUAUUCUCCUCAUGGCAUUUCUGGGCCUCCUGCUCCUGGCGCUCCUGCUGGGUCUGAUCCUGAGGAGGGCCCUGAAUAAACCUCCUUUCGUCAGGGAGAGGCCUCCUCUGGUUCCCCUACAGAAGAGGAGCUCCCUAUACCCGCCCACCGACUCCUACCUGAGGCCGUGCUCUGAGCUUUGUUCUAACCAGAACUCCACCGCCCUCCUGCCGUCUGAGGGAGGAACGGGUUUCACUGACACGAAGAUUGGAGGUUGCACUUCCUGUGUCAGUAACCAUAGUUACCAGGCAACCAUGUCUGUACUGCGGAUUCCAAGCCAAGGUCAGCUGAGCCACACCUACUCCCAGAAUUCCCUGCACCGCAGCAUCAGCCAGCUCAUCGACACACAUGAUAAGAAGUCUCUGAUGGACGGAGUGUGGGACCACGAGAUACAGGGAACCGACAGUGGCAUGUUUGUGGGGGAUGAAGACUUUGUUGACACGAUAAAAACCUUCAGCUCAGCGAAGAAGGAACACACAACAUUUACCGACACACACCUGUAGAGGUCACACACAUACACAC